GGAGCGGAGUGGAGCGGACCGCUGCGAGUUCGGGUGUAAAUAGAGCUGAGAAACUUUCAUCGGAGACCGACACCGAGAGCAAGCGAGGGAACUGGAGGGCUGCGAGCACGUUUUCCUUUCCGUGACAGAACGCGCAGCAAUCGGUCCCGGAGACUUCCUCGAAAUGGAAGGAGCUGGCAACGCGGUGCAGAAGAAAACUGCUGAUCUGGAGCACAUGGCCGAGGUUUUAAUCACUGGCGAGCAAUUAAGGCUGCGACUUCACGAGGAAAAGAUUAUCAAGGAUCGACGAUAUCACCUUCGAACUUAUCCAAAUUGUUUUGUUGCGAAGGAGUUAAUUGAUUGGCUUCUCGAUCACAAAGAUGCGACUGACAGGGAAACUGCAAUCAAGUUGGUACAGAAGCUGCUAGAUCACGGAGUGAUCCAUCAUGUUUGCGAUGAACACAAGGAAUUUAAGGAUGCCAAACUUUUCUACCGCUUCAGAAAAGACGAUGGCACUUUCCCAUUGGAUAGUGACGUGAAGGUUUUCACCAAGGGCCAAAGGAUAUAUGAAAAGUUGCUGAGUACUGAAAACUCCCUGAUGCAGACAAGGGAGGAGGAAGGGGUGAAGUACCAGCGGGCAUUCGUGGCACGUGAAUUUAUUGACUGGCUGGUACAAGAAGGGGAGGUUACCAUGAGGAGCGAAGGGGAACAGCUCAGUUGCAGACUGCUUGAGUAUGCCAUCAUUCAACAUGUGGCCAACAAACAUCACUUUGUGGACGGUAACCUCUUGUAUCAGUUCCGCAUGAACUUCCGCAGAAGGCGACGGCUGGUGGAGCUGCUGAAUGAAAACCCACCUUUGGUGCCUGACAGCCAUGAGAGCCCAUUUUGCUUACGCAAACAGAAUCCUGACAACAGCAGCUCCAACUUUCUGUCAGUGAGCCCGACAAAGGAAAUCAAGAUUAUCUCAGCCGUCCGACGAUGUAGUUUGAGCAGUAGCGGGGGCAGCAGUGGUUACUACAGCAGUAGCCCCACGUCCAACAACAGCCCUCCGGUCCUCUCCAAUCCAAAGUCAGUGCUGAAGAGGCCGGUAACUAUAGAAGAACUUUUAGCCCCUGGAGCACCCUAUACAAAGAAGACACUGACAAUUGUGGGAGAUGCAGUUGGCUGGGGAUUUGUUGUACGUGGAAAUAAACCAUGUCAUAUUCAGGCCGUGGAUCCCACUGGCCCUGCUGCUGUAGCUGGAAUGAAGAUUCGGCAAUUUGUUGUUUCUGUGAAUGGUCUAAAUGUCCUUCACCUGGACUACAGAACUAUCAGCAACCUCAUCCUCACUGGCCAGCGCACCGUCGUAAUGGAGAUCAUGGAGGAAGUGAACUCUGAAUAGGAGAAGUUGCCAGUCAUGAAGUGUGAUGGGAAUAUUGUGUGAAACUGGAAGAAGGGAACGUAUACUGUAGCUUUUUAGGGUUAUAACAUUGCCUUGUUUAAAAAACUUCAUUUUUGUUGAGAACUGCCUCAUUUGAAUGUUUAAAGUUUUCUAAACACUGGAACUAGGAUAUGCUUUACAUGAAAUCUGUUGUCGUAGUAAUAUAUUAGAAACUUAGAAGCAUGUUUUGUACAUAAUUAUUUUGUCUUUUGUUUACAUUAGGGUGUAGGAUGUAACACGGUGUUUUAUUUUACAUGCAGAAGAAAUACCUCAACUCUGGAAUAAAUGAUUUGUUUGUUUUACCACCAAAAGCAAAGGGCUUGCACUCUGAGCUCGCUCCCUCUGGGGUCACUAUCACUUUAACAGUAUUUGUGCAGUGAAGUAAGUGAGAAUAUGCAGUCUUGUUAUGGUAUACUGGAUGGGGCUUUAAGAGCUGAUGGCAUCAGCCUCCCUGAAAUUGGAACUCCUGCUGACCUUAAUACCAAAUACUCUCUUCUCUGAAAAAGAAGAAACUAAGAGUUGCAAUCUCUUAAGUUGUGAAUAUAAAACUGAUUUUUGUUUUCUUCCUCUUUGAAAAAUUUACCCCAUUUUUAUUUGGGAAAAGCUGGUAAAUAAAAUUUCAGUUGAAAUAAGCAGCUGGACUUUUAACAUAUUGGGAGUUAAUUCCAAACUCUGUGGCUGACUGUGUUUGUCCUUUGCCCAGUCCACCUGCAAGUCCCUCCCCAGCCCCCCCCCCCCACCGACUUCCCUCUCCACCCUCCCACCCCCUCUGGCACCAUGUGGAUUAAGCUACAGCUUGCCUGAUCAAAGAUGAAGCAAGCAGCUACCAGCAUUUGAACUCUGAGGGUUUAUUUGACAGCAGGAUCACUCGUUGAUUGUCAUUGAAAUGUUCGAUUCUAUCAGUGUUUCUCCGUUUAGUGUUUUUAGUUUUAACUGUAUUUUGUUUUCUUGAGCUGUGACUUAAAUUUUCUAGAAACUUAAUUCAUUGAAAAAGAUGGUGCACCUUGUAGCCUGUAUUUACCUCAGUCAUAACACUUCAUGCAGGCACAUUUUGAGGCUUUGAAUAAAUUUGA